AAACUUACAGAAGGACGACGGGGGAUUGUUACACCAGCGGGCAGGGUGUGAACCUGGGACCACCAAGACGACCGAACGACAGUCCAGCGCGCUUAUCGCACGACCAGGCAGCCAUAUUAUUUGACACUUUAUGAACUCUCUUGCAAAUAUGUAUCAUUAUAAUAUGUAUAAUCAUAAUAAUUUGUUUUACAUAAUUCGGAUGUUCCUUCAGAGUUGAAGAUAUUUUACUUCCUAGUCCAAACCUCCCGCAGGACGACGGGGGAUGGGAGCGGGCAGGGUUUGAACCCUCGACCGUCGAUAAAUCCAAACGACAGUCCAGCGUGCAAACCGCACGACCAUCCAAUGUUGUGAAACACUGGUAUUAGCUAUAAAUGAGUGUCUCAUCAUGACGACGGUAAUGGUCAUUUGUUGCCGAAGGGUGUUAUGUGGCCAGCACAAGCGCCUUUACUCUUCCAACUGAGUCAGAGUUGAGUGGACUCGAAACGUUCUCGAAACGUUCUAAAAAUCCUGAAAUUCAAAAUACCAGUCCUCAUCGAGUUUCGAACCCGCGACCUCUUCCACUCAGCCAUCACAGCCCCUCUUUAAAUAAUAAAAAAGUAUAACUGAAUUUUUCUAACGUUAAAAUAGAAUGUCUAAUUUCCAAGCCGAUCCAACUUUUUUUUUUAACCAUUAUUGAAUACCGAAUAAAAGUUAAAGCCUUAUCUUAAGAAAAUAUAGGUCAACAGGCCUGUCAUCUGUGUAUUCCAGAGGCCUACCAGGUUUAACAAAAGUAUUCGACAGAUUAUUUUUCUCCUUUUACUGUGCACCCAGUAAUUAGCUUGACUUUACAGGCAAGAUUAACCCAUGAAUAAAUGUAGAGAGAGAGAGAGAUACUAUUGUUGAAAGAAACGCAUGCACAUUAUAAGGAGAUAAAGAAGAAAGCUCACAGUAUAAAACACAGAACUCUAGGUAAUACUUUUCCUUAAAAGAAACUAGAGACAAACCUUUGCAAUGAAGUUAAAUUCUGUGCCUGUUAGUUCUAUACUUAUUGUGUGCUACUCUCUGAUGUUAUCACAUUCAGUUUUAGCACAGAAUGUAUUGGUGACGGCUGAACCUAGAAGCAUUUUAAAAGGUCUGACGGAGUCACUUUUCAUCAAUUGUACUUUCAACAAAUCAGAUGAUUCCAGUCUUGUAUCACUGAAAGUAUCCCGCGCUCUGAACUCUGAAACCAUUGGUCAAGGCUACGAAGAACUAGCCUCGGUCAACUCAUUUUCUGCUCCUAGUCUGGGCAACCAGAGUCAUGAAAAUUUCACCGCGGCAUGGAGCUUGGCAGCUACUGGUUCAUCUUUCUUAACUCUUACUUGGAACAGAAGUCUCGACAUCAAGCAAGGCGCCUACAAAUGCGAUGCAGAAGUGCUGAACAUCACUGGGCAGCCGUACGUUGUCUCCAACACAGCUUACGUCUCGGGCGUGAGUCAGGAGUCACAAAUGCUUGUGGAUGAAAUCCUAAAACUGAGAGAAGAAAACAAGUUUCGAGAUGCCGAGUUUCAGUCCUACAAAGAACUUGUCUCGAGUUUCAUAGCUUCUUGGAACAGAAAGAUGAACCAAAUCCAAAGCUCCAUUUUUAUCGAAUCACUCGAAUUUAACGGAUCGAUUUAUCAACUCUCUAGGGCCAACGUGUUCGACAAUACCGGAAUCGCCAAAGCAGUUUGUGAGAUUUUUGAAAGCAGGCUGACCGAAAUCGAAUCCAGCGAAGAACUCGAGUUCGUCCAGGGCUUCGUGAAGAACAAUACCGAUAUGUUUUAUUCUUAUUACAUUGUUAUUGGGGGUAUCAAUGAAGGGGGUGUGAACGGUACUUGGGUCUCUCCUUACAGCAACUCGCCACUGGGCUACUUGAAAUGGGCAGCAGGUUACCCUGCUAAGAACACCUAUGACACUUGUUUAGCUCUCUGGGCUGCCGUGGGCUGGGACAUGGUCAACGUGAACUGCUUCACGGAGCCUGUAGAUGCUCCUAAGAAGAUCCUGUGCAAGCAUCUAGUACAGAAGUAAAAUCUUAUGAAAAGUACAUGUUGUAUUAACUGUCAAAGGCUUAAUAUAUGAUAAAGAGUGGCCAGCGUUGAUUAGAUGCAAAUUAGAUGCACCG